AUGAAUGAUGGAAGAUUCAAGGGCAUGAGCCAGGAGCUAAAACUGCGUCGAUCAUCCUUGCGUUUUCAUGGAAAAUUGAAUACACGUCACAUACUGUCGCCAAACACGACAUAUUCGGUAUACUUAAUUUUCGAUUUCUAUGAUCGGCACGCCCUUUAUGGUUUUAUAGAGGUAUCUCUCAAGUUUUCCUCUCAAACUGACAAAAUCCUUAGCGAGUCCAAAUUUCAAACUAAUUUGGAAAGAGCUUGGGAAUAUGAGGGUGGCGGUCGCGAUGACGAUGACAGUGGCAAAACGAUCGUUACUAAGGGGGAAGAUGGAUUUAGAGAGCUUAAGCUUGGAGAGUUCUACGAUGGUGGAAAUGAUGGUGGUGUUUUUGAGAUGAGUUUGAAGCAAGACGAGAUUGUGGUUUUAUUUUUAUCCUUCCUUGGUAUUGAGUUUCGACCUAAAUAA